AUGGCUUCCGAACAGAGGAACGUUUAUUGCACGCUCCUGCUAAGCGACAAUUAUCUCCCAGGUGCUAUGGUACUUGCGCAUUCCUUGCGUGACAAUGGCACGACAGCUAAGCUGGUUGCGCUGUUUACACCGAAUACACUCCGGUCAGAGACGGUUAAUGAACUUCGGACGGUCUACGACGAGCUCAUCCCAGUCAAUUCGAUCGUGAAUGGCACCCCCGCAAACUUAUGGCUGAUGGACCGACCGGAUUUGAUUGCGACCUUCACAAAAAUUGAACUCUGGCGCUUGACACAAUACAAACGAAUCGUCUAUAUUGAUUGUGAUGUCAUCGCUCUCCGCGCACCAGACGAGCUAUUCUCACUAGACGUGAACUUUGCCGCUGCACCCGACGUAGGCUGGCCAGAUUGUUUCAAUAGUGGGCUCAUGGUUCUCCGCCCUAAUAUGCAGGACUAUUAUACCCUGAAGGCGCUGGCUGAGCGGGGCAUUAGCUUUGAUGGAGCUGACCAGGGAUUGUUGAACAUGCACUUCCAGGAUUGGCAUAAACUGAGCUUCACGUAUAACUGCACGCCUAGUGCGAACUAUCAGUACAUUCCUGCAUACAAGCAUUUCCAGAGUACCAUCAGCCUCAUUCACUUCAUUGGUUCUCAAAAGCCGUGGAACUUGCCUAGGCAGGUAGUUCCGCUGGAGUCACCGUAUAACCAGCUAUUGAACAAAUGGUGGUCGGUCUAUGAUAGACAUUAUCACGCGCCAUUUGUCUCCUACUCGCAACAAGAAAUCGUUCUCCCGGCAGCUCAUCCUACAGACCGACCAGAGUCACUUCAAAGUCUUCCCGAAUCCUCAUUGGGGCACCAGCAUUUUCAUCAUGCUGAGGACCAGUCGGUUAGUGAUCACCACGAAGAAGGCCAUUCGAGUGAAUAUGUGCCUGCUCUCGUAUCAUUAGAGUCUCGAGAAGCGCAUUAUGUACCACCGCAACACGAUCAUCAUGCCGUGGACCGGGAUACAUUUUCGUCCCAUAUACCAGUUUUGAGUGCUGUCCCACAGUACGUUCGUGGAGAAGAACAAUAUUCGACCUUUAUACCGCCCGUUCACUAUGCUCCUGCACCUGUGAUUCAUGAACACCAUGUAUCCCAUGAAGCACAACCAGAAGGUCAGUAUAUGCACUAUGGCCAUGACAACCAGCAUCAUCACCAGCAAGAUCAGCAUCAUGGGCAUCAUCAUCUUCACCAGCAGCAGCAGCACGAUCAUCAGCAUCAACAACAACAACAACAACACGACCAUCAGCAGCAGCACCCCCACCACAACCACCAGCAUCACCAACAGUCCGACCAGACCGAGGCUCACAUACAUCACCCGCAACCCGUUGCACCCCCACCGGCUGUGGAGCAUUGGCACCGAGCCCCUUCGCCUGAACCAGAAGUGACACAUUUCCAGGCACCAAAGGCAGAAUGGGAUGCCUCCCGCGAGCCGCCACCGCUUAAUACUAGACCGGAAGGUAUUAGCUUGGAGCAGAAGACAUACACCAUGUCCGAGGACACCGCCCUCUUCCAACCACCUCCAUCGUAUCCCGAAGCCCCCAAAAACAUGUACUACCAAGUUCCCGAAUCCAAACCCGAGCCCGAAAGGGUUACAAAGAUCUUCCCUUGGGAAAAUAAUGCACCCAGACCCACCAGAGUCUUUACAGAGGAGGCGGCAGUCGUCCCUCGUACUCCUUCCCCAGAAAUUCCCAUGCUCCCGCAACAGGUCGACUCUUUACCCAUUGAAUCCCCUCAGGCCGAACCUCAGAUUUUCCCAAUCCAAGCACCAUACGAACCUUCCGCAGAAACCUACGAGCAAUAUUCCCGCUUAAAUGCCUGGGACGAAGAUCCAGAGAUUCAGCGGUACAUGGGUUCACUUCAACAAUAUCGCCGUGGAAAAACCCAGGUAAUAUCUGGUUCCGUGCAGGCAAGCUCGAGCCAUAGCAGAAGCACCAGUCUGAGUACAAGCAACUUCUCGUCAUCCUCCACAGCCACGACAACCGGCACAUCCGCUGGCCACCGACUAAGCAUGAAGCUCACUGAUUUCCCCACGGAGAUCGAACGGCCCAGUCUCCCCGUGACCCCGGCGCCCAUCCAUCGUGUCCGAGGUCUACAGAGUGACGACAAUGAUGCAUCCACCCUCCCAACUGCAGAGGGGGUUCCGAGCCAGGAGGACUGGGUGGGUGUCACGGUUGAUGCAUUCUCUCACCUCCUCCGCGCAACGUACUUAUUAUGGCGAUCUACAGAAUCCCCUGAUGCAGCUCGAAGAGCUCCGACGUCGACAAUCCGAAGCCCAGGAGGAUCCGGAUCAUUGGUUUAG